AGUAGAUCGCAUUUGUGAACAAGACAAACCAUAUAGAAUCUCAUUCAUUUUGUCAUUUGCAUAUUGAAUAACAAUUAGAAGCUUGGUGACACUUUUUCGGGCGAUUUAUUCAAACGGAAGUAUUUUAAUUGGAAUUCCUACGUUAACAGGUUCCCGGAGAAAUCUGUAAUCGUUCGGGUGUGGUGAAUAAACUCAUAUUUUGAGAAGGAAAGACAAAAUUCGUCAAGAUGGUUGAAGGUGGAAUGAAAUGUAUUCGUGUAUUGUUGUUUGCAUUUAAUGUUUUAUUUACAUUAAUUGGUAUUGGUUUGAUAGCAGGUGGAGCAUAUGUACAGAUCAACCUAAAAGGAUAUUCGGAAAUAAUAGGCGGCCAAUUUAGUGCGGCAGCGGUGUUUUUAAUAGUACUUGGAGUAUUUAUAUUUAUGAUUGCAGCUUUCGGAUGCUGUGGAGCAUACAAAGAGAACUAUUGUUGUAUUAUGACAUUUGCUGGCAUUCUCAUUAUCAUCUUUAUCUGUGAAAUGGCUGCUGGUAUUGCUGGAUUCAUUUAUAAAGACAAAGUUGACGGAGAGAUUUCCAAAUUGAUGAAAGAGACAAUCAAAGACGGUAAAGCAUUAGAAGAUUGGGACAAAGUUCAAAAAGAGUUUAAAUGUUGUGGAGUGAACGGUUCCAGUGACUGGAAUAAUGGAACUACACCGGCAUGGCCACAGUCAUGUUGUAUUGAUAGUAGUAAAACAGCUCCUGCCUGCAACCCUUAUGCUGUGGGAUGUUACACGGAGUUGAAGGAAUUUGUUAAAGACAAGAUCGUUGUUAUUGGAGGUAUUGGUAUUGGAUUUGCUGUCAUCCAGAUCAUUGGAAUCCUGUUUGCCUGCUGUCUUGGACGUGCAGUAAAGAAAGAAUAUGAAGUGGUGUAAAUUGAUUGCAAAGGAAGAAUUUUCCCUUAUGUGUUUGAUAGACAGAGAACAUGGAAAAAAGGGGGAGGGACGAUUGUUUUCUGAGUGUGAAGUCAGAACUUUUGUUUUAUUAAUAAAAAUAGAAAAGAAAAUAUUAUAUUUUUUUGGUAUGAUGGUAGCUUUACCAGUAAGUUCAUCUUCUGGAUUUCUGUAAAUUGAAAUAUUUACAAAAAAAGUAGAUUCAAAUUUGGGACUAAUAUUAAGUUUUUGAUAAAAAGGACUCCUGUAAAUUGAAAUAUUGAAAAAAGUUAAUUCUGCAAUCUGACGGUUUGAUCAAUUUGCCGUUUAAGAUUCUAAUGCAUUCUGGGUAAUUUUUUUCAAAAGCAUACACCAAAACAUUGUGAUUGGUUAGAAUUGUCCUAAACAAUGGAAAUUCAACCAAUGACAUGGCGUUACAUUCAUUUUGGGUUAAGAAAAAUAAAAUUACCCAUAGUCCUUUAGGUUCUGAAAUGGCCAAUUUUAUAUUAAUACCGUUAGUUUUUCCAUUUACCUGUUAAUAUACGGUGAGCGUACUAGCUGAGCGCAUGAGACAAUAACAAAAAUGUAAAAUUUAUAGGGAAAUUCUUAAUCGUUAUUUUGGUUAAUUAAGAAAGUAUUGUAGAAAAUACCGGUAGUUAUUUAUUUUCAAAAUCCUGGUGAAACAAUUUCGAUGUAGAUCUUGCACCAACUAAUAUUUAUUUGAACCGAGGACAGGGUCAAGUUUAUGAUAAUUUUAUUUUUCUUGAUUUUUUCAAGAUAGGGAAAUCUUUUAUAUUUUUUUUUCUGAUCAAUUAUAUUUGUAAACAAUAUUUGUUAUUUCUAAAAAGAAAAAUGGAAAUAUUUGUUUUUUACUGUAUACAAAAUAACCUGUAAAAUAUUAAUAUUGUUGCAUGUUGUUCAGUAUUUUUCUAUUAAUCAAAAUCUUGAACUUUCUCAAUCAAAGAAACUGAGUCCUCAGUGAUGAUGUUGUAAGAAGCCUUUUCUGCUUAAUAAAAUGUGAGGGAAAAUGGCAUGAUCUAGACGAUUACUUAAUUUUUUAUAAGUUCUAAGGGCAAUAUUAAAAUUGUACCUCAUGUCCAUAGACUUUAAAUCUGGCCUUGCGAAUCGUAAUAAAAAACUUGUCCGGUUUUAAAGUAUGUGGACUCUGAGUAUAUGAAAACAUUACUUAUUUGAAACAACAUGUACAUCGCCAAUAAAUAUUUUUUCAACAAGUGUAUUGUUAUUUAUCUCUUUCUUAGCUGUCGCUGGAUGCAAAAAGGAAAAGCUUUUGAAAGUUCAAGAAUUUUUUUUAGAUAUAUAAAUAUUUUUGUACUUGCAGGACCAAAUCUAUAUUGUGUAUUUCUUAGUAAGCUGCUUUUUGAAUGCAGCUCUGUCAAUUUUAUUUUCUUAAGUAUUUUUGUGUAAUUGUUGAAUGUGUAAAUUUUGAAUAAUUUGCCUUGAUAAAAAGUGUUAGAAUAUUGAGAUGUACAGUCUAAUUAAGUGUUAAAAAAUACAAUUGAAAAUUCAUUUUUUGAUGAAACCAACAUAUGCAGCUGCAUUUUAUGCCUUUCGUUUUCUAAGAAAGGGUAAACAAGUAAUUUCUUGACAGAUAUUAUAAGAAAACUGAUUUAUCAAUGAGCAUAUAUCAGUAUAAUAAAGUAAAAAAUUACUCAAUCUUUGACAUAACUAGACAAGGCAGUGCCUGGUUGCUGCUCACUGUUAUGCAGGUACAUCUCAUUAAUUCUAACUUUGCUAUCCAAUAUUAUUGACAUGUUGUCUGUUGUCAUGGAAAUAUUUUUGUUUGUUUAUUAUUUUUAUCACUCAUGAAUCAGCUAUCAUUUCUGUAUUGGAAGAUUGAAAUCAACCACAGGUGAAGGAUCGCAUUUUGUCAAAAUUCUGAAAAGGUCAUGACCUCAUUAAGUUGUUUAGAUAUUUACAUUUGCAUGCAGGUGUGUUUCUUCCACAAUUACACGGUAAUAAAUUAUGUCCAAAGUACAAGUAUGUUAGAUACAUAUAUAAAUGGCCAGGUAGGACUUGUUUCCAGUAAAUCACUUCGCCAAACAUUGGUUGCAGUGCUUAUUUUUAUUGACAACUGCAAUUAAUUGAUUAAAAAAGAUAAUUACAAUUGAUUUUUAAAGUCAACAUUUAUUCCAUAGGUAAAAAAUCUCUCCUCACCCAACUGGAAACUUAUUAGAAAUCAGCGACAACCUUUUUUAUUUCUUAUUUUAAGAAUGGAAAUUUCUAUUAUGUCUUUAACAGAAUCCGACACAAUAGAAAUAUUUUCAGAAAAUCAACUUUUAAUGAAAUUCUAUAUUUAUACAAGAAUACUGCUUCAAUCUAAACCCAAAAAAAACUUGCACAAACUGCACCCAACUGACCCUAUCCAUUUCAGGGUUCAUAAACCAGAAACACCAUUUUUUGUAAUUCAUUUUAAAUAUUUUCUCAUUAUUUCUCAAAUUUGACUGCUUCAGGUAUUUUUAUCUAUAUAGUUAUAAAAUGAAAAAGUGGGGAAUUUUUCAUUUACUGGAUAACAUUUGUAUUUGCUUGGCUCAAUUAUUGUUGGUAGCAAAAAAAAUAUUAGAAACUGCUAUUAUGGUGCAAGUUGUUUAUCAUCUUAAUACUGUUAAUCUUCUGUAGAAUAAAAAAAAAUAUCCUUAAA